AUGACUCUAAAAGAGCAAAGUAGUACGAUCGACCGCCUCUCGAAAGAAAACUUUGACUUGAAGAUGCGGAUACAUUUCCUGAACGAAGCGCUGAACCGCCGUUCUGAGGAAGGCAUCAAAGAGAUGAUCUCAGAAAACGUUGAGUUGAAAUCGGAUAAGUUGAAGCUACAGAAGGAUAACCAAGGGUUGAAGCGGAAGAUUCGCGAUUUGGAGAAGCAACUUAAAGACCAGCAGUCAGAUAAGGAGUCGAUGCUAAACCAUGACCCGGAAGGUGGCUCCGAUGAAGAAGACCGUGACCACGCUCAGGAUGAGGAGCUGCUAUUUUUGCGUGAAAGGGUGGAGACGUAUGAGCUCGAGAUAGAACGACUAAGGUCUGAGAGUAUCGCGAGGGAAAGCGAGAAACGGAGGCUGGCAGAGAUGCUGAAAUCCCUGAAUGAUGGCAGGCCAACCGGGUCGGACUCUGGAGCAAGAGAGGAGAGAGAUAUGUGGAAAGACAUGCUCGAUGCAGAAACUGCAGCUCGCGAACAGGCUGAUGAGGAAAACAAGAGAUUACGAGAAGAACUGAUGCGUGUCAGGAGCGAGGCGACUUACGCCAUAGCUCCCGCGGCGCCUUUGAGGUCAGGACACCGUAAUCGUGGUGAUUCACUGGUGUCGCAUUCGGCCGUUUCGGACAGAGAACUGUACCGCAAUACUGCUGCCGGAAGCUCCUCAAGUUCCACUCUUGUGAUGGAAUUUGAAUUACUGAAACAGGAGAACGCAGAAUUGCGGAGGGAGGUCAGCGCGCAGACCUCAAUGCUGACCUCGCGAAACCGAGAAAAAGAACGCUUAUACCAAGAGAUUGAGGAACUUAAACUCGGCCAACGUCGUGAUCGAUCGAUUGCCGGCGACAGCAUACUAGAUCGGUCUGCUUCCAGGGCCCAAGGGCGGCCAUCUUCCAGCAUCAGUGACCGGACUGGACAGUCACCGAUUGACGACGCGGAGCGUGAAGACUGGGAACUUCGAAACGGGCAACUCCGGGACCAAGUCUCCGCACUGAAAUUAGAAAAUCAAGCUAUUCGACAGGAACUCGAGGAGCUAGAUAAAGCUUACUCAGCUGACGUAGAGCAAGCUGAGGAAGAUAUACAAACUCUUCAGCAAGAACGCGACCAGGCAAUGCAAGUAGCUGAGGAGCGGGAUGCUGCUUUCCAAGAAUUGAGAGCGGAAGCCCAGGAAGAGUUGGACGCUCUAGGUGACGAACUGGACCAAAAGAUCGAGGAGUGUCAACGCCUAACGGAAGACCUACGAACGCAGGAUGACAACCUAAGAGCGCUGCAGGCGGAGAUGCGCUCUGCCAGCGAAGGCAUUAUUCGACUAGAAGAGGAUGCACAGAAUAAUCUGCAGCGCUACAAGGCCGUACAGCAGGAGCUCGAGCAGUGCAACGAAGAGAUGGAAUCUUUGGAGAAGAGCUUGUACGAGGCCAACUCCAAAGUCCAACGACUCACUGUCCAAAUUGAGUCGAGCCAAAAUGAGAUUGCAUUUCUCCGAGAGGAACAAGAUGGCGACAAGAUCAAGAUUGGCGACCUAGAGUCUGAGCUCAAGACCUAUCGAAUGAGUCUUCAGAGCGAAAAGGACAAGACGAAGGAACUUGAGGGACGUCUAGCUGAGGAAAGAUACCAGCGCGAAGUUGUUGGAAGCAAGGAAAAGCAAGAGGUACAGCGGAUCAUGAACGAGCUAAAUCGGGAGGUGUCCGCCGCCAAGGAAGAAUGCCGCAAAUUGAAGAAGAACCUUUCGGCGCAAGAAAUCGAGACGAAUACCUGGAAGGAGCGGCUCACUGAUCUGGAGAACAACCUGCGAGAGACUCUUGGUGACCUGACGGGCAGUCGGUCCAGCUUGAUCGCCAACAUCAUGAAAUUACAAAAGGAGCUCGAAAGCACUGCGCUGGAGCUCGAGAGCACGCGCUCUACGCUGGAUGAGAAAGAAACAUUAUUACGAAACCGCGAUGCGCUACUCGAGAGUCAUGGGCUAGAGUCCCGAAAACUGUCUGAAUUGCUUGAACGCGAACGCCAGGCUCGUCGCGCAGACAAGCAGUCAUUCGAACAGGCGCUCAAAUCUCACCAUCAGGCAUCGCGUACCAUCACGCAAAACAACUCCCGUAUCCUGGAGCUCGAAAAUGCAAGAAAUCAAGAUCGUAAGCGUUUUACCAGCCUUGAGCAACAGUUUCGCGAGCAGCUCAAUGAGCGGAAUUCCAUGCUGCUGACUAUCUGGAAGCGCCUGUCCGGCAUGUGUGGGCCAGACUGGGCUCAUUCUAACAGCUUGAUCAACGGAAACCUGCCAAGCCAGGAAGUUAUCGGCAAUAUCCUGUUCUGGCCAGGAUUUAGCCGCAAUCUUCUUCUCGCGGUCAAGACGCUGGAGAACGUAAUAUCAAGCUUCAAGACCCGUGUCAAGGAUGUCGAACGUAACUUGACAAAGCAAUAUCAAACCCUUGAGCACGCGUUUAGUUUGCGGAUCAAGAAGCUAGACCGGUUGGAGGAAACUACAAUGAACAUGCGCGCCCAGUUACAGACUCGAAACCAGACGGGGCUCUCGCCAGAGUUAUCCAAACUUCGCGGUGAAAACCGACUGCUGAAGGCCGAACUCAACUUACUUCAAAACCACCCGCGCAGCCGCAGCACGACAGCUGGCGUGGCAGGCUCGCCGCAGUCAUCCACUAUUGACCUGGCAGAACGCGGCUCGCUAGUACGCGCCAACACAGCAGCCGAAUCGCCUGCAAGAUCCAGUAUUCCCCAACCGGCCCAAAUGACAAAUCUUGCAGAACCCACCGGUGCUGUCACUCGCCCACGGCAAUUCAAACCAUCAGAUAACCACGGCAAUCAAGAAGUAUGGAUAAAGCGUCUGCACGAGCUGGAACGGAGGCUCAAAGCCGAACGGGAAGCGCGCCUUUUGGACCGCAAUGGCGCACGGAGACGCCUGGAGGAGCGCGACGCCGAGAAUAAACGGCUCCGUGCGCAGUUGGACCGACAGCGUCUCCGCCAAGGAGUCUCAACAGAGACUUCUACCGAUGAUGGCGGCCAUGGACCUCCUUCUGAACCUACUACCGGGGACGAGGGGUACAGGGAGCGGGAGGAAGAACAUAGCUCGAGUGAGGGGGAAGGCAUCACAGUUGAUAUCGAAGUUUGA